UGUAACCAUAAAUCUCUAUUUUGUACGUGUUGUUGACAAAGAUGAUUAUUGGAAUUAGCUAAAGUUAGACUCAUUUUAUUUAACAUUUGUCAAAUUGAUUUAUUAGUCACUUGUGACAACCACUAUCUUGAUAUCUGAAAAUCCAGAGGCAUUGUGUGUGUAACGUGUAUGGUCAUUCUUAUACUGGAGUAAAUUGUGAAGAUUGAAUUCCCAUCAAAACUCCAUUAAAUGUGGCUCCUGUCUAAAUGUGGUUAAUGGGUUAAACAAUUAUAUAGCUGGAAUAGUUGAUAAGCCACCAUCAUCAUGGAGAGGUGGGUUUGUCCCAAUGACAGACAGUUAGCUCUCAGAGCCAAGCUGGGAACUGGAUGGUCAGUUCACACAAACCGUAUGUCAUCAUUUCAAAAGGCCAAACAAUUAAAUUUAGAUGAACAAGAACAAAUCAUGAGGGUAAUGCAGAGAGCAGAAUAUCUGGACCAGUCGGAACAAGAAAGAAUUGGACGUUUAGUAGAGAAAUUAGAUAAUAUGAAGAAGAAUUGUAUUGGUAAUGGUACAACUCAGUGUGUUUUAUGUGGAGAUGAAUUUGGUUUACUUGGAUCUUCACCAACAUUCUGUGAUGACUGUAAAAAGGCUGUAUGUUCAAAAUGUGGAGUGGAUACUAUAAAUAGUGCUCGACAACCAUUGUGGUUAUGUAAAAUAUGCAGUGAACAUAGAGAGGUUUGGAAACGAUCUGGUGCCUGGUUUUUUAAAGCCAUUCCACGCUAUGUUAUCCCCGAGAAAAAAACAGACUGUGCCAAAUACCAAGCUAGGGGUCGAAUACAGACACAGGGGUCACGGAGGGUAAGACCAGGUGGACCAUCACCAGCCUGGCAUCGGGGAAGGGGGAGUACCAGUACAGGUACAGCCAGCUAUGGUGAAAGCAGUGAACAAGACUCCUCCAGUAGCUCCGAAGAUGAAGUUAAUUUUAACUCUAAACAUAAAAACAAACGUGGUGCUGAAUCAGAAAGUGAUAAUAUAAGUAUUGGUAGUUCAAGAAGUAGUCAUCUGUAUGGAACACAUAAUUUAGCUGACAGUAAGACAAGUAUAACAAGUGGCAAUUAUGGUGGAGCCGGACAACUGAGUGCAACAGAGAGUAGUCGCGGUGACGACUAUCACGACGAAACUGACAGUGAGAAAUCAAGUUUAUCUGGUUUUAGCCGAGAUGGUUCUACAAGAUCACAUGGUGUAAGUGUUGCUGGUAGUACACGAUAUGAUGAUGAACAUGAUAAUAUAGAUGUGGCUAUAAACCAGUAUAAUAAACAUCAAGAUGAUGAAGAGAUUGUUUCAUCACCUGAUAGUGAUAGUGGAACAUCUCUUGGUUGCUUAGAAUUUUCUUUAUUAUAUGAUUCCGUUAAUAACGCCUUAUACUGUACAAUAGUCAGAGCUAGGGGAUUAAAAGCAAUGGAUUCUAAUGGUCUAUCAGAUCCAUAUGUUAAACUUCAUCUUUUACCUGGUGCCAACAAGUCAACUAAACUACGAACAAAAACUAUUCAUAAGACAUUGAAUCCAGAAUGGAAUGAAACGUUAACUUAUUAUGGAAUUACAGAGGAAGAUAUUGUGAAAAAAACUCUGAGAUUAUCUGUGUUAGAUGAAGAUCAUUUUGGUUUUGAUUUUAUCGGAGAAACAAGAGUGCCAUUAAAAAAGCUCAAACCACAUCAGACUAAAGCCUUCAACGUCUACCUAGAAAAAACAUUCCCGUUAGAAAAAGAUGAUGAUUUAAUAGCUAUUAGAGGAAAGAUAUUAUUGUCAUUACGAUAUGCUACCUCUAGACAGUCACUAAUAGUACGUAUAAUACGAUGUGCUGAACUGGCAUCAAUGGAUUCAAAUGGUUAUUCAGAUCCAUAUGUAAAAGUAUAUUUAAAACCAGAUAAAGAUAAGAAAUCUAAAUAUAAAACAUCAGUAAAGAAGAGAACACUUAAUCCAGAAUUUAAUGAGGAAUUUGUCUAUGAAAUCAAACAUAAUGAACUGCCAAAGAAAACAUUAGAAGUGACUGUAUGGGAUAAAGAUAUAGGAAAAGCCAAUGAUUUUAUUGGUGGUGUUCAGAUUGGUAUUAAUGCUAAAGGUGAACGGUUAAGACAUUGGUUUAACGCAUUGAAGAAUCCUGAUCGUGAAUUCAGACAGUGGCAUGUUUUAUCGGCAGAACUGACUCCUGAGGUUUAUACAUAACCUAAUCCUAUUGCAUGUUGUAGCCAUUCUGUGUCUUGUUCAAUCCUGAUGAGUAUUAGAAUACUACAGUAAACCUACAUAGAAUCUACUGCUACAAAACCUGAUAUAUUACAAUAUAUACAGAUCAUCAUGUAUUUAAACACAGAAUCUCUAGUCAGUCUGUACAUAAGGGGGAUGCUCAGUUGAAAGUUCCGGAAUUGAGUUCUGUCAAACCCAAAAAUAGUGACACUUGAGUGAAAAUAGGAAUUUUGGGCUAGAACCUCCAAUGCUGGGACUGACAGAACUGUGACAGGACUGAAUUCCAUGUCACAUGAUUGCAAUCCCGUCAAUUUGGAACGUUCCAGAAUGACAAUCGAGCAUCCCCUAUUAUUCUGAAACAAGGGAGAUAAUUAAAGGGCUUAGAGUUAUUCCAUGUUAUCAGAAGUCUUCAUUAUAUCCUAUGACUACAUUUUAUGAUCUGAGUUGCGAAGUUUGUGUUUUUUAAAUGACUUAACUAUACCACACAUUUCUGUUUAAAGAAAAGAAAUUUCAUUAAUGAUUAUCAUUCAUAAUCUUUGAUUCAGGAUACUUAUAUAAAGUCUACAUAUAAUAAAAAAUUAAAAUUGGAUCAGUAUAGCCAUUGGCCAUUUAUUAUAUUAAAUGAUUAAAGUACAUUAUCCCAGAACAUAUGAAUGACAAAAUUAACAGAACAAAACAUACAGAGGUCUAGAAGUAUUUAUAUCCACAUGGUAUAUAGAUGUUUAUUAUACUUUAUAAAGGUUGUAAUUAGAAUUGUCAAACUAACUUGUACCAUGUUCAUUUGUGACAAUUUUCAAAGGCUCUACCAUAAACUGAAUUAGUGAAGAUAUUACAUUCUUCACGAAAUAUGUUGACAGAAAUAUCCUUAUAAAACUUUAAAAAUUGUUUCGAUUCUCGUUCUCAAUAACUAUAAGAUUCCACAUAUUUUUUAUAAGAAUUCAACAUGGAGAUCUUAGGAAUAUUGAGAUGAUUUUUAUAGGGAUAUUUCCUCUUCUUCAUUCAUUUAUUUAACUAUUGACGACUAUUAAUGGACAACAAUGGACUUGUGAACGAUUUGUAAAAGAGGAUAUUUAUACUCGGUGCACAAUUCUAUAUAAUACAAUUACUUUUAUAUUACUUAAACAAUGUAUCGAUUAUUAUGAAGCAAAAGACUAGAGAAUCUUAGUCGAAAAGUCACUUAGUAAUAAACACCAAAUGUAUUUCAUAGAAUUGUGUCCUGUCUAUUUCCAGUAAGUAGUAAAUAUCACUGAAUUAUUGGGUGGAGUUAUAAAUUAUUCAAUAGUAUGUGAUUUAUGGAUUUCUGAGAGAUUUAUUUAUGUUAAUUUAUUACUAGAUAUAUGUUAAUUUGUUACAUAGUAUAUCGGUACUUAAAACUAUUCUAAGUCUUAAUACAUCUUAUCAAAUAAAAAAAAACAACCUUAAUUCAAUACUAAUACAAGGUUAGGGGUCACAUAUACGGUAAUUAUAGAUUAUGAAAUAUCUUGUUUGGUGAAAGAAUAUUGAUAAAUUUGCUAGAGUAAAUAUUUUGUUUUUGAUAUUUUUUAGAUUUACAUAUUUGUUAUUGUGAUAUAUAGAAUACUGAGAAUUGUUGUUUGUUUUCUGAUGAACUUAUUUCUGUGGUCACAAGAUUUUAAUCUUAAGUUAAAAGCAUACCUCGUAGAUUUAAGAAGAAAACAACAAAAAUUGUCGACUAUCAUAAAAAUUUGUAUUGAUUUGUUUUGUGCUGUGUGUAUCUCUGCACAUUUAAACGCUUAGAUCUGUAGAUUUAGACUUUCACCGUUUGAGACAAAAAUGAAACUGAAGUUAGUAAACAAUGUCUUUUGAAGUGAAAAUUUAAUGUACCAAUCUUUUCCCCCCAUCACAAAUCAAAAUAACACUCCACGUCAUUUUGAUUUGACCUAUAUAAAUAAUUAUAAAAAACUUAACCUAUAUCAUACAUUAAAAUGACAAAUGAUAUAUAGAUUUAAUGCUUUACAAUCAGACAAAUUUGUUUUUAGAACAUUUUCAAUUUUUUUCAUGCUGUCGAAAUUUCUUCCAUUACAUUACUGGAGCAUGAAACAUUCUUAUUCCUGACAAAAUUAACUUAUGUAAAUUAUUUGUUGGUGCUUGGUAUUAGAUCUAUUUGUUGAUAUUGUGUAUAUUAUUAAGGUACUCUCUGGAAUCAGAGUACAACAAGUUUGAAAUGUUGGGCUAUAAAAAUGCAAGCAUAAUUUGUUGUUAUAACUUUGGUACAGAGCAGGGUAGCUCUUCAAUUAGCUCAAUCAUUCAAUGUCUUCACAUAACAGUAAACAAACUGACAGGUUACAAUAAUAACAUUUUGUAACAAGCACCCCGUAGUUACUGGUUGUAUUUAGAAGGCUUGUUAUUUCAUUUCCUACAAGGCAGAGAGAUAUAAUUAUAGAUUUCUAAGAGGGGAAAUAUAUUGUGCACUAAAGGGAGAUAAUUCUCUGUACACUGGCUAUUAGGCUUCUGGUUGGGUUACAGUAGAAUUCCUGUUAUAUAGAUUUUAAUGACACUAUUCAUCUACACAGAAGGCAUUCUGUAAUCAUGAUAAAAGCUUAUCCAAUUAAAUAUCAUAUAUACUCAUGUAUUCACACAUUCAUUCAUGAAUAGGAAGAAAUUGAUUGGUGUAUUAAUUAUAUAAAUGCUGCCAAUCAAAAUUCAUUUAGAAACCAAUGCAUAAAAAAAUGAAUGGAAUCAAUGUUCAUCUUCAUACUGUUUAAUCAUGUUUACAUAAAAAGUUUUGUAAAAUGGAAAUUUCUAUUUUUCUGUUUGAAAUGAAAGUGAAAUCUGAUCUUUAAUAACUUAAUAUUUCAUAAAUUAUUUAUAAUUUGAUUAACUUAGGCUAUAUGAUAAUUAUAAAAAAUACAUUUUAAAUUCUAUAUUUGAUUGGAUCAGAACCGUGUAUUGGUUCAUUCUAUUUCUUUGUUGAGAGGUCUGUCUAUUUUGAUUUGGAUUUGCUAUGAUCAGGUCGAUAACAUUUUUGUCUUUACUGAAUCCAGUUUUAAUUGUGAUAAUAUUAUGUCUGCUUUAUUCAAGAUAUAUUUACAUUAUACUUUACAUAUUCCAGUACUUACAUAUAUUUUUGAUGUGAUAAGUUUUACUAUAUUACAUUCUAAUGUAAUAAGUUAGAAAGUUUUACAAUAUUAAUAAGUUAUUCUAUAUUGCAUUCUGUACGUUUUUUUUCCUCUUGAUUUCAAUACAUAAUAUUACAUAAUAUAUACCAACAUAUUAAAUAUUAUUUUUAUGGAUCUAUAAAUCUGUUCUGUUUAUUAUGAUUCUUUUUCUAUUCUUUUGAAUGGCUCAUUAUUCAAGAAGUUGAAUUUACCCUCUUUUUUUGAGAAAUCCAUAUUUUAUUUUUCUUAAAUUUAUUAUAUUAAAAUAUUGAAUAUUGAAAUAUAAAUUCUACAUUUAUUGUUACAUUGAAAGAAAUCUAUUUAAUAUGUGUUAUUAUUAAAAUUGAAUAAUUAAAUAUUUGUUAUAAAUUAUAAAAACAUUCCUGUAUAUUGGUUUAUGAACAUGCAAUAUUUGACUUUGAUUAAAUAUAUGUAUGGCAUUUUACCUGCUUUGAAAUUAGAGUCGACUGGUGCUGACUGCAGGAAUCUUAAUUUCAUUGGAUUUGAUUGGAGUUUGCCAUAUUUAUUAUGAAUAAUUAAAUGAGCAAAUUAAAGGGAAUUGAUUUAUUAUGAAUAAUUAAAUGAGCAAAUAAAAGGGAGUUGGUUGUUAUGGAUAAUUAAAUGAACAAAUUGAAGGGAUUUGACUGGAGGUUGUGUAUGUUUGUUGCAUUUAUGAUUGUAUUAUAUUGUUAAUCAUGGUGAUAUCCGUACUGCCAUGUCAUAAUCAUUUCAUAAUACUAAUAUUAAUGUUUUAUUGAUGUCUUCAAUAAAUAUUUCAGCCCAAUUACAUGGACAGAGUAUUUUACAGGGCAUUGAUUUGUCUCUUUGAUUGAUUGAUAUUUUCAUGUCUCAUUCUCAUAUUUCAUUAACAACUUCAUGUUAAUCUAUGAUUAUUAGAUUAGGUUGAAUGUAUUUAUAUUUGUAGUUAAUAAUACUGACUAUGCCACUGGUUUUACAAAUCAAAAUUUAAAGAGUCCUCUAAAUUUACAGAUUAACUGAUAUUUAUAAUGAAGUAUCAAUUUACAAUUUUGGGUAGCCAAAGUGUAUCAUACCACCUCUUGUAUCCUGCACGUAUUUUGAUUUUUCUGGCAGAAAUUGGAUGGUUAGUUCCAAAAAGAGAAAGAAAUAUAGAUACAGUUUAUGAUAUAUAAAAAUGUUAUGAGUAUGUAAACUAUGUAAAUCCAACAUUAGAGCAUUGUUCUGUUAUUAUACAAACUUUAUUCUGUUUCAUGUUAUAUUGUUAAUAAUAUUAUAUAUUUAAUUCAUUAUUGUACAUUCCUUAUUAAUUAUUCAUUUCAUUAAAUAAUAUUUCAUUGUUUUAUUUGAAUUAAAUCACAGGACUUGCACAUAGAUAACUAUC